AUGAAAGAGACACGCGCAAGAACACCAUCUCGCUACCUUUUGCAUCCGCCGCCGAGGUGGGCAUCCCGGUUUCGCGGAAUUGCGGUUUCAGAUUUCGGUAGUGUGAAAGAGAGAGAGGACAAGGGAGAGAGACCCGAGCUGGGGUUGAGAAAAAGUGACGUGACGCGGGCAGCCGAGGAAGCGAAAAGAAGGAAAAAGUCUGCGUCGUAG